GCUUUUUAAAUGAGUCUUUACGCCAAAGCUGACGUAACCGAAUUUGAGAAAGUCAGACAGAAAAAAAAGGAGAACUGAAAAUCUAGUUCUUGUGAUAUAUAAAAUUAAAGACUAAAUAAUCGAGCUUUUUCUUGCCUUGGAUGGAGGCUUGUGUAUGGGGGCGGGGCCCUGAGGCGAGAUAAUUGACUACAGACUGCGCGAAAGACUGUUUGAUAUACAAAAUAUGAAAGUUUAUAUUAGUUUGUUGUGAUUGCACCCGAUCUUAUAUUCUCGAUUAGUAUGUCAAGUAAAAUAAAAUAUGUUCAAAUUUCUUAUUUUGCAAUAAUAUUAGUUCAGUUCUCAAUUACAAUUUUAAAUUGUGUCACCAGUGUGAGAGCUGAGGCCGAAGAAGAAGUCUGUGACGGAGAGUUUCAACCCGACGGAUCGUGUAAAUCUAUGGGGGCCGCUGGGGCGCGGUACAUUCAUCGAGCAGAGAUGGCUUGGAGAUCCAGUGGAGAAUCGCAUGAAGAGCUCAUAACAAGACUUAAAGAAAAUGGAAUCAUCAAGAAUGAUGCAGUUUUGAAGGCAAUGCGAGCUGUUGAUCGCAAACACUACAGCAGUAAUAGUCCAUAUGCUGAUUCUCCACAGAGUAUUGGGUAUGCUGUCACUAUUAGUGCACCUCAUAUGCAUGCACAUGCCCUUGAACUACUGAAAGACCAUCUUAGUGAAGGCAAGUCAGCAUUGGAUGUUGGAUCUGGAAGUGGUUAUUUGACUUCCUGUAUGGCAAUCAUGGUUGGAUCCACAGGGAAGGUAGUAGGGAUAGACCACAUCAAAGAAUUGGUUGAUAAAUCUAGGAAGAAUAUAGAAAAGGAUAACCCUGAUCUUCUAACAUCGGGUAGGAUGCAGCUAGUAGUUGGUGAUGGUAGACAAGGAUAUGCUUCUGGUGCCCCAUAUGAUGCUAUUCAUGUUGGUGCUGCUGCUCCAACAUUACCACAGGCACUGAUUGAGCAACUGAAGCCUGGUGGUCGUCUCAUCAUCCCGGUAGGACCACAAGGAGCAGCUCAGAAUCUAGAGCAGUAUGACAAAUCACAAGAAGGACAAAUCACAAAGAAGACUCUCAUGGGUGUAGUCUAUGUACCCCUUACUGCUAAAGAUCAACAAUGGCCAGGCAAGUGGAAGUAAAUGAAUCAGGACAAUAACCAUACCAUAUUGGACCUUUCUUUUUUCUUGUUGGUUUCCUUCUGUUUGAUGAUUUAAUCUUAAGGACUGUGGAAGAAUGCUGUGAUCCGAUUUGUUUCUGCUUGAGGUGAUUGGUAGUCGGGCAAAAAUGCUAGGAACAGAGUCAUUGAUUCCCAUGACAACUGUUCGUCAAAUUUGGCUCCAGAAGAUUAUUGGACAAGAAGAUUUGACUAUCAGCAAAGCUUUGCCGAUAGUGUUCUUCAUCAUAGAGGAUAUUUGGAUUGUAAUAACAUCAAACUUAUCUUUCUGGCCAUAUUAAAAGGGCCUUUGUGGCUGAGACUAAAGCGGAUGACAGUGCCAUUUUGGCAUAUGAUCAGGCUGUGUCUACAUGUGGCCUCUUGACAUUGUGAAUGAAGUUUAUUUCAGCCUUAACACUAUACAGUGUUCUUUGAAAGGAAUUACACUAUUGGAAGCAUUUGAAAGUGAGUAGAGAAAAUUGAAUUUCAAUUAAUAGGUGGUUCUUAUUUUCAAUUGAUAAUUAUGUGACUGAAAAAUAUUAUGCAAUCUGCAUUUGAUAUUAUUUUGAAUUUUAGGGUAUGUAGAUUAGUGGUUUAAUUUAGACAUUGAAAUAUCAAUUAGAGGUUUAUUUAUUCAAUUUUGUUGUCCAAGUGCUGAGAAGCAAUGAUUCAUAUUUUGUUUGUUCUUGGGUGUAGAACCUACUGAUCAAUGCUUGAUCCAGAAAUAAUGUUUAUUUGAUAUUGCUCAAAUUCAUUGCCAUGUGCUGGUAUUAAAUUCAGUGUUUGAAUUGAGGAAAGCUUUUAAGUGUUUUUCAUAGUUUGGGGAAAUCACUUGCAUCAUACUUGAUUCAGUAUUUGGAAUUUUACUUAACUCAAAGGCAAAAGUCCAGCUUAAAUUAGGCCAUAGUCAUACUCUGUGCUAAAUUUAUGGGAAGCCAAAAAUGUCAACUCUUUGUUUACAUUGUAUGUUUCUAAUGUUCAUUGUACUUUUUCAUCAUGCUAUUAUGGCGAAAAAACAAACAAACCUAUUCACGUAUUAUUUCCAAACAAUUACGAAUGAUUUGAGUGACAGUUGACCUGAUAAGUUAAACUUGUACUGUUAAAGAUUUGUGUGAGAAUUAGCUUUCCAUAGUUAAACUGCAACUUUAGACCAGAGUUUGAAUUAAACUAUAGUUCAGAAUACAGGCCUAAGUAUCCAAGAAAUGGGUCCUAUUUUGAACAUAAUUCAUUAAUUGGAUAAAAAAAAAAAAAAACUUCAGUUGUAUACACUGUACAUUUUUCUUUCUCACUUUCAUGUAGGUAUUGAAUUGAAUAUUGACUUUAGUCACUAAAGUAAACCCACUUUGGCAACAUGAGAUAUAUGUUAUAUGUUGAUGUGGGCUAGUUGAAAGAUUGAUAUGUGUGAAUGAUUAACCUUGUUAUAAUUCUGCUCAUAUAGAUUAAGUCAAGGUGAUCUUUGGAGUUUUGGCAGUGGAACUGCACUUCAAGAGAAACCCAUUUCAAAUAAAAAUUGAAUACAUCUAUAGGAAAAUAUAAGAAAUCAAGCAAACUCACUAAUGCAUUUAUGGGACUACAUGCACUAUGUAUCCUGAUGGUGAUGGCUCUAGUUAUUCUAUUUUCUCUAUGUAAGUCUUCGCUAAUAAUUCCAUGCCAUAUAUAAGAUUCUUUAGUCUUACAUGUGUAAGCAUCAGUUUUGCUUGCCUAUCAUAAUCAGGUACUAGUAGGAGGUCUAAAUGAUUCAUUGUAUAACUUUGAUGGGAUUCUCUGCAAGUUGUGAUUUUCGUCAUUACCAGGUCUCAAAUGUAUUGUCUAUGAAUUAUGAAUGAGAGAGAGUGUGAAAGAAAGAGGAUUGAGCAAAAUGGUAUAAUUUCAAGUGACUUGCCUCAAUCCUACAUUGCUGUAUAUCAUGUAACUUUACGAAACUGCUGCACAUUGUUUAGGGAGGAAGGAGAGCCUUUUUUUUGCUGUUGCAAUAAUUUUUCAGCUCUUACGAAAUAUUUAAAAAUUGGCAAAAUAAUCUCACAGAUUUUCACCAUUGUGUUUUCUUGUUUUUCUGCUUUGACACAAUGAAUUUCAUAUUUGGAUUUUCUUAUAAAGAGAACAAAUACUUUCAACAUGCUGUUACAUAAAUUAUAACGUCGGAUGAUAGGGUCUCAGUCAAUUUACGUACAAUGAUGGUAUAUGUAGAAAGCAAGAUUGGUUUAAUGCUGAUUGAUAUGCUUUAAAAGCAUUGCUUCCAAGUAAACAACCAGAGGAUUAUGACCUUACUUCCUAUCAAAGGGACUCGGUAAGGAGAUUUUGAAUUUAAUAAACAUCUUAUGAAGCAAAUGAUCCCUCACUGAGCCUUCUUGUCUUGGAAGGCAUAAUUCAAUUAAAUUCAUUUCAAAUAUUUCAUUACCAUUUAUGAAGGAAAAUAUUGUGUUCAUUGUGCAAGGUGGUAAGUUGCAAUGAAGGUAAUUUUCCAUAUUUAAAUGACUGUAAACUAUGAAUGGCUGGUGAAAGAAGCGAAAUAUACAUGUAUGUAAAGCAUUGGUACCGUAAUCAACUAUUAGACUGUACCAUAUGGGAGCUUAGUGGGAUAUUGGUCUGAUAAUUAUUUUUCAAACUAUACUUUUAUGCAUGACUGAGUUUGAUAAACUCAUCAUUAUGUUCUAGAAAGGUAUGGGGCUUCAACUUAAUACAGUAAAUUGUUUUCUUUUUCAAUUCCUUUCUGUUUUGAAUUUCUUUCUAGUAAAAUGAUAGUUCAUGAGAAAUCUGUUAAGUUAAGUUUUAUGUAUACACCAUUUAAAACAAGAUAUAUUUCUCUUUGUAUCAUUCGAUUUCUAAUAUCAAUUUCCCUUUUGCUAAUGUUUGCUUCCAUACAGUUCUCAUUCAUUAUUAGAAUUUACGAAAUAGAAAGUCCUGGGGGAUGUUUUACACAGAUUUAAGUGUGACUUAGAGUUGCACUUAAAUUCCCAGUUGCGUACGUUAUAGAAGACAUCACCACAUUGGUCUGAUCAUGCGAACGGGACACGCACUAUUGCGUAUCCGUCAAUCAGAUUGCGUGUUGCGCGUGGGCAUUUAAGUGCGACUUGAAGUCAUACUUAAAUCUUUGUGAAAUACCCCCAGUAGAGUUUGUAAGAGCAGUUAAGCAUGAAUAACACUAUAUGUGCUUUGUGUAUAGUAUUCUCUGCUAUAACUUGUGUCAUAAUAGACCAAGUUGAAUAAAAUUCUUGCAAUGACAUAAAUUACAAACUGUUCUUUUAAGAACUUAAACAUCAUUCUCAGCUUCUAUUAAGCUGUCGUGUAGAAAUUGUUCAUAUUCAGACAAAUAUGAAGUUUGAUUGAACAGCAAGUGAAAUAUAUCACUCUAAGCUCUGUCUUGAAUUGUAUUGCUGUUAUAAUGAAAUAAUUAUUCUGUGUGGACUAUGUCCAAAUGCAUGACUAUGUUGCUCUGAGAUUGUGGAGAAUUUAUUUUCUCUGUUAAGCAUGAUGUUGUAUUUAAAUAUAUAUGCACAAAAAAUAUGAUUGCAGCAUAUGUACAGGUGAAGAGCUAUGAAAUACAUUUUUAAUUUCUUUACCGGA